CGCACAUAUACACAACGCCACACGUCAGAGUUGGUUGCUGUCGGGUUGCCGUUGUCGGCAUCGCGCGAUUUCCGCGCGCGCAAACCGCGCCCUGCAUCCAUCUCAUCACCCGUUUAUCAACUCUACUAACUAACCGGCCGACAAAAGCUUUGUUGUCACUUUGAAAACUCGCAGCUGACUCAGGCCAAGAACCGCUACAGUUAAAAGGUAUACGCCUCGGUUAGUCAAUGAUGCAUUGAAUCUUCAACAUGAGUGUUUCGAGGAGGGUCACCUGGAGCUGGCUGCUUCUGUGGCUGCUUGCUUUGGCCGCAGGUCAGCAAAGCAUCGGAUGCUUCAAGAGUUCCCCAAACGAUCCCGACUUGCCUGUUCUCGUCGCUAAAAGGGUUGGCUCGCCCGAAGAAUGCAUCAGAGAAUGCAAGGCUCGGUACUUUAUAUUCUCUGGAUUGAUGAAUGGCCAUCAGUGUUAUUGUGGUAGUCAUUAUGGCAAAAAUGGGCCAUCCGACGAGUGUAAAGAUCCAUGCAUAGAUGAUUCCUCAAUAACUUGUGGUUCUAAUGAUGCCAUAAAUGUCUACUCAACUGGUCAAAAAGGACCAAGUCCUCCAAGACGAGUAUCAGUGAGCAAGUAUGGCCAGGAUUUUUUAAAAGUAAUUUGGCAGUUGCCUGAUGUACCUAAUGGGAAAAUAGUGUCAUAUACUUUGAAGGCUUCAGCUUUAGAAACCAAAUCCCUAUAUCCGUUGGCUCCAAUAGAGGCAGAAGUUCAGGGAGAAUCUGCUAAUUCAACAACUAUCUUAGGCCUACACCCUGGUACCAAGUACAAUAUAACAAUUUUCGCAACUAACACUCAAGGGUCUAGCGACGAGGCUUACACUAUUGACUGGACGCGUAUCGGACCUCCAAAUAAACCUAAUCCUCCCAAAAUUAUUACUAAAGGCGAGAACACUAUUACCAUUGAAAUUCCUCCUGGAACCAGUGAAAAUGGACCUAUUACUUACUACCACGUUAUAGUGGUCCAAUCUGGUACAGUACCACCAACGGGAAGUGACGUUGUUUAUGAUAAUUACGACAGGGCCAGUAAAGAAGGUUUAGGAUAUUACAUUACUGGUAAAUUUGAUAUUUCGGAUUAUGCACAUUACAAGAGGUUUGUCGUUGGUGAUGGUCGGAUGAUUGGCGGCUACUACAAUGCACCACUAGAAAAAAACCAGCGGCAACCACAGAUUGGUAUUGCUCUCGAAUCGAGGGUUCGGGGCGAAGUACAAUACAGUUAUUCUAAUUUGGCGAAUGGAAUGCAUAAAUUGGCAACUAGCGAUAGUCAAGAUAUGAAUUUCAGUGCAGCCAACACCAUUCUCUGGGUUCUUAUAGUAUUAUUAGCUAUGCUAUUAUUAGCCUCGAUGUUAAUUUUUGUGUUACUUCGUAAAAAGUUUGAAAAGGUGCGAAUGCAGAGGCUACCAGAGCAACAAGAAUUGACACUCCAAGGACCUGUUUUUGAAGUUGAUAAUACAGCUUAUAUUCCCGAAGAUAUUCCUGAAAGAACGAAUCAUUAUGAAGAAUUGAAAAACAGAGUUUGGAGCAUACCACGGAAUUUUUUGAAUUUCGAUACCGAUUCCAUACGUUGUGGUCGUUUUUGGACAGUACAUAUGGGUACUGUGCAGAGAGAUGGAAUUCCGGUUGCGGUUGCGGUUCAUAAAAUAUUAGAUACUCAGUUGAGAGGCUCUGAAAAGAGGAAAAUGCUACGCGAGUUGGACAUCUGCAUUAAAGCAGGCAAUUCUAAAUAUCUAGCUGGUCUAGUAGGUAAUUGUGAGAUUCCUCACACACUAUUUGUUGCAUUGGAAAUGCCACCGCAGAAUCUCAAAACUCGGCUAAUAGCAGCAAGAUCAGGCGAAAAUUUCCCUCAUGACCAAAUGCUGAAGAUAGGCGCAGGUGUUGCUGAAGCUUUAAGACACCUCGAAAGUCUUAAAAUCGUACACACCUGCGUAUGUGCUAGAAGCGUUGGUUUGAAUAACGAUUGGACACCCAAGCUCAUGGGCCAUGGCCUAUCAAAGAAUGCACUCAAAGCUGUUAAAUACGCUCGUUGGACAGCAAUUGAGUGCUUCAACAAUCAGACAAAGCAUCAGCCAGGAGUAGUUUGGGCUUACGGUGUGUUACUUUGGGAGAUAUUCAGCUUGGGAGGUACACCCUAUUCCAAUGUCCUAAUGGAUAGCGAUGUCGAGGAUUUGGUUAACGCUGGUCUAAGACUUCAUCAGCUCAUGCACAUACCCGACUCCCUGUAUGAGGUAAUGAGCUCUUGUUGGCUCGUUGAUCCGCUUGAAAGGCCGACCUUUGAUGAGCUUGUGAGAUUGGAUACGUUGUCUAUUUGUCCUGUUGCAUCGAUAACGGAACCGUACCUACAAGAACUGGAGUUGAAUAAUUAAAAGCUAAUAUUUUGCUUCCAUAUCAGAGAUUAAUGAAGGAAUGAGUUACUUGUACUUAAUGAUGCGAUUGUACUUGCAUUUAAUUUCUCGAUAUUCGUUUAGGAUAAUACUCUAAUUUGGAUGCAGCAAUAUGCCUAUAUAGUUACCCAGCCACUUAAUACUACAGCGAAAUUACAUUUUUACAAUAUUUCGCUUGGCGUGAACGUUUUAUUAUGCAUUUAAAGAACUUUAUAGAAGUUUUUUUACUAAGCACUACACAGUAUUCAAAUAA